CUUGAACCCAUCUCAACUUAGCAGCCGCAGUUUGAAUUUCAACUUCAUAGAACUUGGAAUAACUAACCAACAGAUUAAAGACAAAAGACAAUAAAUCAACCUUCUUAACGGGUCUUGAAAUGCCCUUAGUUUGGUUAUGGGUCAUUACCCCUAACGCCUCUCAAAAACACAGGAAUAAAAAUUAAGAAUAGUAUUAGUAUCCUACUAAUUAAUCAAUUAAUUUCGCAUAAUAAUGAAAAUGUAAGUGGGUUAAGAAUGGAAUAGGCAGCAGAAUUCAUGAAGGGAGAGGGAGAGGGAGAGGGAGAGGAAGGGGCGCAUGUUGAUGAUGUGCAGCAUCUGAUCCCUUUUCGAUCGUGAAAGGCUGUUAUCGGUGGUUUUUGGCAUAAACCCAUGUGGUGGCACGUAAGUUUUCAUCUUAACCAAAUCGCCAUUUCCAAUUUAUAAACUCUUUCCCAUUUCUCUCUCUAAUAAUAGGCAAAAAACCCACCGCUGAUUCCCUUCCCUAGGAAGCUGCUGUUUCACAUGGCUUCUAACCUACUUUAAUUCACUCUUCUCUCCUAGCUGAUCAUUUUAAUUCACUCCUCCACAUGCCUCCAUGUGGGAAUUUGCAGUUUUGUUCUGUUUUUAUAUGUUUAUCUUUCUCAUGAAUAUCACUGAUAAUGUGCAUCACUUCCUCCCAUUUCCUCAUGUUUCCCCUUUUUUAAUUCUGGUUUCUUUUGGUUUGCAUGUGGUCACAACACUAACAUUCCUUUCUAAUGUAACAUAUUUUCACUCUUUCCCUCCCAUAGAAAGGAAAGUUUCAUCUUUUUCUUUCCUUUUCUUCUUUAUUUUAGAUCAUUUGCUUUCAAUGAAAAAAGGCAAACUGCUGGUAAUCUCUAGAUUGUACCGCUACUUCCCAUAUGUGAAAUUUUCAUUUUGGAUGACUGUGUUAGCUAGUGUUUGAAGGUAAAAAAGGAGAAUAUAAGGAUAAAAAUUAUUAGAAAAAAAAAAAAAUUAGUUGAUUUUGUCUUUGUUCUGUGUUUGGAUUAUAGACAUAACAUGGAUAGAUUCCUUCUCUUUCAAUCAUAACCAAAAUAACUAAAACUAACCUACUCCAAAGGGAACCAAAACCAUUUAAUUAAUGUAUGAUGGGUUUGAUCUGGUUCUUUAAAAUAACCCCUAAAACCAGGACAAUGUGGAUUAUUCAACUGAGGCAACCUCAGCAUUAUCUGCAUCAGAAUUAUUGCAAAUUAGAGUAAAGAUUUAUUUGACUCUAGGGGACCAAAAUAUAUAUACGUAUGUACUGCUACUCAUUGCCAUGUGGGCUCAAAGCUGGGGGUUUGAAUUGUUCACAUGUUCUUCAUCAAAUUAUUCAUGAUUCUUAAUCCUUGUCAUGCUUAGAAGUUACCCAAAAAUCUUUGCUUGAGGGAAAGUCUUGGAUGAAGCCUAAAUAAUUUGAGCAUGCACCACUUCUGUAAAAUACUUGAAAGUUACCUUUUAACAAUAAUCUAUUCUGUGUAUAUAUUAUUCUAAGUAAUCAAUAUGCAUCAGGGUAAAAACCAGAUCCCAGCUGUGAAAUAUGUCAAAGCCUUCAAUGCUAAUGAAGAAUAUUGAAGAAAGCAGACAGAGGGUGAAAUACAAAUACCCUUAUAGCAGUUAAAUGUUAUAAUUAAGGUAUAAGAUUAUGAUAUAAAAUAUUAAAAGAAAUGAAGACGAACGGCUUCAAUAUUACUCAAUAGACUGUCAUAUUGAUAUAAAUUCAGAGAAGUAGAAGGAAGUAUCAGUGGUAGAACACAUUCUUUGCCUAUGUUUAAUGUCGGAGAAGCUUCCAAUAAGUCCAAAAACUUCCCCGUCAUUACUUGCUGAUUAACAGCUGUUGCAGAACCCAAGAUCUCACGAGCUCUUCAAUAAUUAAACUCUAAUCACAUCUUUCUUUAUUGUUUUUAUACCAGCGCUUAACAAAUCUUCUUCCCAUUACUUCUCAUAUAAGCAUAACAUACUCACAUUCUCUCUUUUUACUAGACCACCUCACCUCUCUAGCUAGCUGGUGUAGAGACUGACAAUCGUGGAGAAUUAAAAGUCAUGAAGUAAAGGCAAUCAAGAAGAACAGCAUGCGGUUGAAGUUGAAAGUUCAGUUUUUGGUCUUGUUCUACUGUUACAUUGUUUGUUUUUAUCUUGGUCUUGCUAAGGUGGUGCAAAAUACUGCUUUGAAUGAUGAAGUAUUGGCUUUACUAUCCAUAAAAGCUGGUCUUAUAGAUCCAUUAAAAUACCUUGAUGAUUGGAAGUUGCCGGACAGUGGAGCUGGAAAAUAUUCAGCUCAUUGUAACUGGACGGGAGUAUGGUGUAACUCCAAUGGAGCUGUUGAGAAGCUGGAUCUCUCCCACAUAAAUCUUAGUGGCAGCAUAUCAGAUGACAUUCAAAGGCUACAAAGCCUUACUUCUCUAAACAUGUGCUGCAAUGGAUUAUCUUCAUCAUUCCCAAAAUCUAUAGCUAAUCUCACUUCACUGAAGAGUAUUGAUGUAAGCCAGAAUUUCCUUGUUGGCAACCUCCCAGUUGGAUUCGGAGGAGCAGCUGGACUGACUUUGUUAAAUGCUUCGAGCAACAACUUUUCAGGAUUUAUUCCUGAGGAUCUUGGCAAUGCAACUUCACUAGAGACUUUAGAUCUCAGAGGAAGUUUCUUUGAAGGCUCUGUUCCUGUGUCCUUCAAGAACUUGCAAAAGUUGAAGUUUCUUGGCCUUUCUGGGAAUAAUCUCACUGGCCACAUACCACGAGAGCUUGGGCAACUUUCAUCCCUGGAGAGUAUUAUCAUUGGAUACAAUGAGUUUGAAGGAGAAAUACCCCCAGAAUUUGGAAACCUUACCAGCCUUAAGUAUCUUGAUUUGGCAGUAGGUAAUCUUGGUGGGGAGAUUCCAACCGAAUUGGGGAGGCUUAAGCUACUGGAGACAGUGUUCUUGUAUAAGAACAAUCUCAAAGGAAAGAUUCCAGCAUCAAUAGGCAACAUUACUUCAUUACAAUUGCUGGAUCUCUCUGACAAUUUGUUGUCAAGUGAUAUUCCAGAUGAGAUUUCUGAGCUGAAAAAUUUACAGCUCCUAAAUCUGAUGUGCAACCAGCUGUCUGGCCAAGUCCCUGCUGGAGUAGGGAGGUUGACUCAAUUGCAGGUGCUUGAGCUGUGGAACAAUUCCUUUUCAGGCUCACUGCCAAUUGAUCUAGGAAUGAAUUCACCAUUGCAGUGGUUGGACGUAUCAUCUAAUGCAUUUUCUGGUGAGAUCCCAGCAAGUUUGUGCAAUAGAGGCAACCUCACCAAGCUCAUUCUCUUCAACAAUGCCUUCUCAGGUCCAAUCCCAACUAGCUUAUCAACUUGUCAAUCGCUUGUUCGAGUUCGAAUGCAUAAUAAUCAGAUAGCUGGUACAAUUCCCCUUGGGCUUGGAAAACUUGAGAAGCUCCAGAGGUUAGAAUUAGCAAACAAUAGUCUCACCGGCCAAAUCCCAGAUGAUAUUUCUUCUUCAACCUCACUUUCUUUCAUUGAUUUAUCUAGAAAUCAACUCAGAUCUUCACUCCCUUCCACCAUUCUUUCCAUUCCAAAUCUGCAAACUUUCAUAGCCUCAAAAAAUAACUUAGUAGGAGAAAUCCCAGACCAAUUUCAGGACUGCCCUGCACUUUCUGUGCUUGAUCUCUCAUCGAACUUUUUUUCUGGUACCAUUCCAGCUAGCAUUGCUUCAUGCCAAAAAUUAGUAAACUUGAAUCUCAGGAACAAUCUAUUGACCGGAGGAAUCCCUAAAGCAAUAGCCAUGAUGUCCACAUUGGCUAUUCUUGAUCUAUCCAAUAAUUCUCUAACCGGAGGAAUACCCAACAGCAUCGGAACCUCUCCUGCAUUGGAAAUGCUCAACGUUUCAUUCAACAAGCUAGAAGGUCCAGUUCCUGCAAAUGGUGUGCUAAGAACAAUAAACCCAAAUGACCUUGUCGGCAAUGCUGGUCUCUGUGGAGGUGUCCUCCCUCCCUGCAUCCAGGAUUCACCAAUGACAUUGAGACAGAGGAGCUUACACACAAAGCGCAUUCUUGCUGAAUGGAUCAUUGGGAUCUCAUCCGUUUUAGCAGUUGUAAUCGCAGCUUUAGGUGCGCGAUCUCUGUACAAAAGGUGGUAUUCAAACGGAAGUUGCUUUGAAGAAAGAUUAGAAAUGGGCAAUGGAGAGUGGCCGUGGAGAUUAAUGGCAUUUCAGAGGCUUGGCUUCACAAGUGGUGACAUUCUUGCUUGCAUCAAGGAAUCGAAUGUGAUUGGAAUGGGAGCAACAGGAAUUGUUUACAGGGCAGAUAUAGCGAGGUUGAACACUAUUGUUGCAGUUAAGAAGUUAUGGAGAUCAAGAGCUGUUGAAACAGAAGGCAGUGGCGAUUUUGUAGGAGAAGUUAAUGUAUUGGGAAAGCUAAGACAUAGAAAUAUAGUUCGGUUAUUAGGAUUCCUUCACAAUGACACCAACAUGAUGAUAGUUUAUGAGUAUAUGCACAAUGGCAACCUCGGAGAUGCCUUGCAUAGCAAGCAAGCAGAGAGAUUGUUAGUUGACUGGGUUUCUAGAUACAACAUAGCACUAGGAGUCGCCCAAGGCCUUGCUUAUCUCCACCAUGAUUGUCACCCACCCAUCAUCCAUCGUGAUAUCAAGUCAAAUAACAUAUUGCUUGAUGCAAAUCUUGAGCCAAAGAUUGCUGAUUUUGGGUUGGCGAGGAUGAUGGUGCGAAAGAAUGAGACAGUUUCCAUGGUGGCUGGUUCAUAUGGAUAUAUUGCCCCAGAGUAUGGAUACACCUUGAAGGUUGAUGAAAAGACUGAUAUAUACAGCUUUGGAGUGGUACUUCUGGAGCUUCUGACAGGAAAGAGGCCUGUAGAUCCAGAUUUUGGUGAAAGUGUAGACAUUGUCGAAUGGAUUCGAAGGAAGAUUAGAGAAAAUAGAAACUUAGAAGAAGUGUUAGAGUCGAGUGUAGGAAACUGUAAGCAUGUUCAAGAGGAGAUGCUCUUAGUCCUUAGAAUAGCAUUUCUUUGCACAGCUAAACUCCCCAAGGACAGACCAUCCAUGAGGGAUGUAAUAACUAUGCUUGGUGAGGCAAAACCUCGAAGAAAAAGCUCGAGUAUCAAUGAUCAAUUUACAAAUAACAAACCAACCCCUGUCUUCAGCACAUCACCUGUAAAUGGCCUUCCGUAGGAACAAAAUUCGAUUUCCUUCAGGCUGUUAUUUGUUUUAUUUUUUUAUUUUUUUUUUUUG